ACGAACAACCACUCCCUCGCUCUAAGCCCUUGUCGUCACUGCUCGUUUCACUACUAAACCCCAAUCCUCCGGCGGCGGCGUUGUUUUCCAUUUAGAUAUGAAAGAGAAGAAAUUCAUAGCCUUAGGGUUCGAGGGUUCCGCCAAUAAAAUCGGCGUAGGAGUAGUAGCACUCGACGGCACAAUCCUCUCAAAUCCACGGCACACUUACAUUACGCCGCCGGGCCACGGUUUUCUUCCGCGUGAAACCGCGCAGCACCACCACCAACACGUGUUACCCUUAGUAAAAUCAGCCCUAGAAACCGCCGGAGUAACUCCGGACGAAAUAGACUGUCUCUGCUAUACGAAAGGCCCCGGCAUGGGUGCGCCUCUGCAGGUUGCGGCGGUGGUAGUGCGCGUGUUAUCUCAGCUGUGGAAGAAACCUAUCGUUGGGGUAAACCAUUGUGUGGCCCAUAUUGAAAUGGGUCGGAUUGUAACCGGGGCGGAUGAUCCGGUUGUGUUGUAUGUGAGUGGGGGAAAUACUCAGGUUAUUGCGUAUAGUGAAGGAAGGUAUAGGAUUUUCGGGGAGACGAUUGAUAUUGCUGUGGGGAAUUGCUUGGAUAGGUUUGCUAGGGUUCUUACUCUGUCCAAUGAUCCUAGCCCUGGGUACAACAUUGAACAGCUUGCAAAGAAAGGGGAAAAGUUCAUUGAACUUCCAUAUGUUGUAAAGGGAAUGGAUGUAUCAUUCAGUGGAAUACUGAGCUACAUUGAAGCCACUGCAGAGGAGAAGCUGAAAAAUAAUGAGUGCACACCAGCAGACCUUUGUUUCUCUUUGCAGGAAACUCUGUUUGCGAUGCUUGUAGAGAUUACAGAACGAGCAAUGGCGCAUUGUGAUAAGAAAGAUGUGCUAAUUGUUGGUGGUGUAGGAUGCAAUGAGCGCUUGCAACAGAUGAUGCAAAUAAUGUGCUCUGAGAGGGGCGGCAAGUUGUUUGCAACUGAUGACAGGUACUGCAUUGACAAUGGAGCAAUGAUUGCUUAUACUGGUCUCCUAGAGUAUGCAAAUGGUGCAUCGACUCCGAUGGAGGAAUCAACAUUCACUCAGCGAUUUAGAACCGAUGAGGUCCUUGCAACUUGGAGAGAGAAGGAAUCAGCAAAAGUCUGAAUAACAGCGGGGUAUAUUAUAUUGAGGUGAAGAUGUAAAUCUUAUUUGGUAUCUUCAGUUUGUUACACUUUCAUGGUCAAUCCAUGUGAUUGUAUUGUACUCUAUUUAUCUGCCCAUGUCGGCUUAUAAUGGUCCAUCCAUGUCAACUGUAAGUCGUACAUGAACAGUUUGUGUACUAGUUACACAUUUCCAGAAGAUUAUUGUAAUAUAUUGUUAUACAUUCUUAAUACUGGAAUUGCCACUACUUUGGGCCCUUUGAAAGCUUAUGAUCUGCUUGCAGCCUCUGAGUGCGUGGGCCGAUUCUUGAGCCAAGGGCGUGUUUCAUAGCUCUUAAAGCUUUGGGGCUUGUUUUCGGGUAUCAAGGAGUGAUGGUGGUAGUUUUUUCUGGUGCUCGUCAGUGCUGGUGGUGGUGGUGGUAGUUCAUUGCUACCUGGUCAGUAGUACAGAGGGUUUGGAAGGUGCAGUUUGGGUGACAGUAGUAGUCGGAAGCUCCGGGGGAGGGGGUGGAAGCAGCAAACACUUCUCCUUUUCCUUCAGUAUUUUUCCUUUCCAAAUAGUUUCUCACCCUUACUGAAAUCAUAUGCACCAAAUAUUAGUCAAAACUUGGAUGACUUACUGAGUCAUGCAAGCAAUUUAUCGAGUUAAUGCAAAUUUACAUUAUGCCUGAA